AAAACCAACGCUGAAGAUGGCCAUUAAGUCUCUGAUUUUGCUUACUUCCCUGCUGGGAAUAAGCCUUGCAGCGGACUAUUGUGCUCUGCCCACGUGCCUGGACAAGCACAUAGCCUGCAACAACAAGGGAAAUUUCAGUGAAAAUUGUCCCAAGGACGUGCGUGAGGUGAAGAUCGAGCCGCACCACAAACUCAUCCUCAAUCUCUUCAACGAGUUGCGCAACAACGUGGCUGGAGGCAAAAUAGAAGGACUACCCAAGGCUGUUCGCAUGGCCAAGAUGUCCUGGUGCGAGGAGCUCUCCCAUCUGGCCUUGCUGAACGUAAAGACCUGUGAGUCCCUGCCAGAUAAAUGUCGCAGCACCGAGAGAUUCGCCUACGCCGGCCAGAACAACGCCGUGUUCCAGUACAGCGGAGCCGAGACGGAGUACACCGAUGCGGAAAUAAUAAAGGAGCAGAUCGAGAACUGGUUUGCUGAGCGCUCGAAUGCAUCUCCCGAGAUCCUCGCCAGCUUCCCGGAGGAGCUUCCCAACAAGGCGGUGACCAAGUUCACCAUCGCGGUGGCCGAGAAGAACACCCAUGUGGGAUGUGCCGCGGUGCGCUUCUCCCGGGACUUUUACAACCACUUCGUACUCACCUGCAACUUCGCCACAUCGAACAUUGUGGGUCAGCCUGUCUACACUCCGGGAGAGAAGGCAACCACCGGGUGCAAGAACCGUUAUGGAGCUGCCUACGACUACCCCAACCUGUGCUACGCCAAGGAGAUCUACGACAACGAGAAGGUCAUCGAGAACACACAGACGAUGUAGGCAUGGAAUGGACUUCGAUUGAUGGGACAAUGGAAUUUGAUUAAUAUGUAACAUUUUAGUUUAAGAGUGCUAAAAGAAUAAAUUUUAAUUAUUUAUGUUUGCUGUAAGUAACGGAUUUGUGCUAUCCAAACAGCUGUUUGCCCAGCAAGUGGGCAGCCCCCUUUAUACACCCUGUAACUGUGGAUAAAGUAUUCCAAUUUAUUGGUGAUAAUUAAAAAAAUAUACCUUUAAGAAUACAGUUCUUAAAUUCAAUUAUAUUUGUCUACAAUGAAUUUAAAAUUAUCUGUGUGCUAGAAACCCUUUU